UUAUGUGUUUAAAUAAAUAAAUAAGCACAAACUUCGUGUAGAAGUGAAGUGUUUAAACUUCUCCACAUGUGAUUCACAGCUUGUCCUAUGCACCUCGAUGUUGAUUAUUGGUUCUUAUUGACCUUAGAUCUGUCUCUCCAUGAUCUCAAAAUUAGACUUUUAUUUCAAAUCUUUUUUGUUUACAAAGUGUAUUAUCAUUGUUUUAUAGGUGAAGUUUAUGUAAUGGGUAGACGUUUUAUCUGUGAUUAUUGUGAUAAGUCAUUUCCAGAUAAUCCAAUUAAUCGACGAAAUCAUCUUAAAGGUGUACAACAUCAACAAGCUCGAAAAUUACAUUAUGAUAAAUUUCUUGAUCCUAAAGAGAAGCUUAAUAUAGAGAAAUCAAAGAAGCCAUGUAUAACAUUUCGUAAUACAGGUACAUGCACUUAUGGUCCAUUAUGCAAAUAUUCUCAUUUAACCAUUGAAGACAUUCAUAUUUUAGAAGAAAGAUCUAAUGCUGAACUACUUGCUUCAUCUUAUUUGAAUCAUCUAGCUUCUGAAGUUAAUAUUAAUCAUCAAAUUAAAUUAUUAGAAUCAAAGCUAAUAUCCAAACGAGAGAAACAGACAAAUUGUGGAUCAAUUCAACGAUUUCAUAUACCAGAAGGCAUACAAUUACUAUAUCUACCUCCUUCAUUGUCUUUACAUUAA